UUUGGGAAUCAGGCUCAACUUCUCAACUCCCGGGAAAUUCCUCUUAGUACACACUGUGCGCGCGCGGGGGCGGGAUGGGCCACUGCUCCAGGCGUGAAUCAGCCACAGUUUUGCGCUCCGCCCCGUCGGGGGUCCGGGGAAGGUCGUUAGCUUAAAGGCAGCUCUCUCUUGAGCCAGCGACCAGCGCUCUCUUCCCUCCGUGCACCUAGGGAGGCGCAGCUCUACGGAACACUAUGGACCCCGCGACGCCCCUGCGGAUGUGGAUCCUGCCGCUGCUCCUGGUGGUCUCCGCUCACAGUCUCGCUUCAGUAUCCGCCCAAGGGAAUAACUUAGAGACCUGCCUCUUGCCCAUGGAAGCGGGACUUUGUCGGGCCGCCCUUCCCAGGUUCUACUAUGAUAGGAACCAGCAGGAGUGCAUCAAAUUCAUUUACGGAGGCUGCAUGGGCAACGCCAACAAUUUCUACACUAAAGAACUCUGUGAAGAGACUUGCGGAAGUAUUGAGAAAGUCCGUCCAAUUUGUCGGUUAGCACUCAGAACGCAACCAUGUGAUAAGCCUAAUACACAGUAUUUCUUCAAUCUGAACACCAUGACAUGCGAGAUCCUUAAGCCUGGACUGUGCAGCAUGACGAACAAUGUGUUCCCUGAUGAAGAUACGUGUAAGGGGUACUGUGAGCCGCAUCAGAUUCCUUCCUAUUGCUCCAGUCCAAAAGAUGAAGGCCUGUGUUCUGCCAAUGUGACACGCUAUUAUUUUAAUACAAGAAACAAAGCCUGUGAAACCUUCACCUAUACUGGCUGUGGUGGGAAUGAAAAUAACUUUUAUUACCUGGAUGAUUGCGACCGUGCUUGCGUUAAAGCCUCAGCGAAGCCCAAGAAAAGGAGGACGAAAAGCGGCUUCACACCCAGAAGAAGGCCCAGAUUUUGGAAGCAACAUUCUUAAGCAUUUCCUUAUGCUUAAAGGAACAAAUCAUUAAUGAGUUGUUCCUCUGAUUUUACUUAUACGCUACUUUUUUUUCAAACCUGUGUAUGUUUACUCCUAACAAGCUGCUUUCCAAAUGUGAGAAUACAGUUUUUAAUUUACUGUUCAACUGUUUAAGAGACUGAACCCUUUCAGUGUAUC